AUGAAUUCACUCUUUCUCGUCUUCGUAUAUACCAUGGCCUUGCUAUACGAAUCUGCAAGUCCAGCACGCACAGACGAAAAGGAUACGCAGUAUAAGUGCGGAAAACGCCAAAAAGAAAAACAUAUUUCUGGAAGAAUCAUCAAUGGUACCGAGGCCCUCCCGGAACACUGGCCCUGGAUGGUCGCAAUCUAUAAUUCAAACGAUACCUUACUAUGCGGUGGGGUCUUAAUUGGCGAAAAAUAUGUGGUAACGGCAACACAUUGUUUUCUAAAUAAAGACGGUCAUGAGUUUUCAGUUCGUCUUGGAACCACACUCGAAACCAAUGUUUCUCAAUGCAACGCUCCACAAGAUCAAGAAUACAAUGACAAUCCUGAAAGCCAGGUGAUCUGCGCUGAAGUUGACAGUAUCUGCACCCCUAUUCAAAACAACUGUGGCCUUUUCAUGAAAGACAUUGCUGUUGUAAAAUUAAAAACGAAAGUCAAAUAUACUGACUAUAUUCAGCCAAUCUGCCUUCCGGAAAACUGUGUCGAUCCCCCUGCAACUGCAAGCAGCGCAUCCUAUGCUGCUGAGUACCACAAUUCAGAUAAAUAUGAAGAAACAAAAUUGGUCGUAUUUCGAUACGCAAACACACUGAUGGAACGAAAAUUACAUCUCAUGGAUCAGGAGCAAUGCUCUGCCCAAAUGAAAAGCGAAGUUCCUGGCUACAUCAUUUGCACGAGUGGAGGAGCAUGUUAUGGAGACAGUGGAGGACCCUUGAUAUACGAAGAUAACGGCCGGUGGACUCUUAUUGGUGUGAUUUCUGACGGACCAGAUAACUGCCUUUACCCGGAGAGACCUCUACUCUUUGUGAAGGUCUCGCACUUCGUAGACUCGCUUAUUUCGAAAUUUAUGGAGCCUGGAAGUCACAGUGACAAAAAUUCCACGUGUGCUACGGAGAAUGCCCGUAAAGAGUGUGUAACGAAGUUCUAUCAGUUCUACAACCAGUCUGUAGAACCAUAA